GCGAUCCCCCGUGUAAGAGUGAGGUGGAGGAGGACAUUCCAGUCCAUGUGACCACAGCAAAUCCCUGUGAGAAGCCUGAAGGAAACAUCAUCAUGUUAUCUCUAGAUUAUAAAGAAGAUGAAGAUACCAGGCAGCGCUCUUCAGAAGAAAACUUCAUUACCUGUACUGUACAUCCAGGACUUCACAAUGCAGAGCCAUCAAAUAAUUCCCCCAAAAUUGAGGAAUUUUCUGAUGACCAAUCACAGAUUAUCAACCCAAGUCCAAAUCUAUCAUAUAAUCACCCUAAACAUGAGGAAUCUUCUACUGAUCAAUCACAGAUUAUUACUCCAAAUAUAAGGCAGAGACGGGGUAAAAUGUUUAAUUGUGAGGAACGUGGAAAACAGUUCAGAUAUAAGUCAGAGCUUUCUGUACACAGUGAUCUUCACAAAGGAGAGAAGCCGUAUUCAUGUUUGGAAUGUGGGAAAUGUUUUACCAAGAAAUCCUAUCUUGAUCGUCAUAAAAUAGUUCACACAGGAGAGAAGCCAUAUUCAUGUUCAGAAUGUGGGAAAUGCUUUAACCAGAAAUCAAGCCUUGAUCAACAUAAAAGAAUUCACACAGGAGAGAAGCCAUAUUCAUGUUCUGAAUGUGGAAAAUGUUUCAUAGAAAAAAAAGAUCUUGCUAAACAUCUCAGAAUUCACACAGGAGAGAAGCCGUAUUCAUGUUCAGAGUGUGGUAAAUGUUUUACAGAUAGAUCAAAUCUGCUUGUACAUCAGAGAAUUCACCUAGGAGAGAAACCACAUUCAUGUUCAGAGUGUGGGAAAUGCUUUAACCGAAAAUCAAGCCUUGAUCUACAUAAAAAAAUUCACACAGGAGAGAAGCCAUAUUCAUGUUCUGAAUGUGGAAAAUGUUUCAUAGAAAAAAAAGGUCUUGCUAAACAUCUCAGAAUUCACACAGGAGAGAAACCAUAUUCAUGUUCUGAAUGUGGAAAAUGUUUCAUAGAAAAAAAAGUUCUUGCUAAACAUCUCAGAAUUCACACAGGAGAGAAGCUGUAUUCAUGUUCAGAGUGUGGUAAAUGUUUUACAGUUAGAUCAUAUCUGCUUGCACAUCAGAGAAUUCACACGGGGGAGAAGCAACAUUCAUGUUCAGAAUGUGGGAAAUGCUUUAACCGAAAAUCAAGCCUUGAUCUACAUAAAAGAUUUCACACAGGAGAGAAGCCAUAUUCAUGUUCUGAAUGUGGAAAAUGUUUCAUAGAAAAAAAAGGUCUUGCUAAACAUCUCAUAAUUCACACAGGAGAGAAGCCGUUUUCAUGUUCAGAAUGUGGGAAAUGCUUUAACCGAAAAUCAAACCUUGAUCUACAUAAAAGAAUUCACACAGGAGAGAAACCAUAUUCAUGUUCUGAAUGUGGAAAAUGUUUCAUAGAAAACAAAGUUCUUGCUAAACAUCUCAGAAUUCACACAGGAGAGAAGCCGUAUUCAUGUUCAGAAUGUGGGAAAUGCUUUAACCUAAAAUCAAGCCUUGAUCUACAUAUAAGAAUUCACACAGGAGAGAAGCCAUAUUCAUGUUCAGAGUGUGGUAAAUGUUUUACAGAUAGAUCAUAUCUGCUUGCACAUCAGAGAAUUCACACGGGGGAGAAGCAACAUUCAUGUUCAGAAUGUGGGAAAUGCUUUAACCGAAAAUCAAGCCUUAAUCUACAUAAAAGAAUUCACACAGGAGAGAAGCCAUAUUCAUGUUCAGAAUGUGGGAAAUGCUUUAACCAAAAGUCAAGCCUUGAUCUACAUAAAAGAUUUCACACAGGAGAGAAGCCAUAUUCAUGUUCUGAAUGUGGGAAAUGCUUUAACCAGAAGUCAAGCCUUGAUCUACAUAAAAGAUUUCACACAGGAGAGAAGCCAUAUUCAUGUUCUGAAUGUGGAAAAUGUUUCAUUGGAAAAAAAGGUCUUGCUAAACAUCUCAUAAUUCACACAGGAGAGAAGCCAUUUUCAUGUUCAGAAUGUGGGAAAUAUUUUAGAGAUAAAAACAAUCUUACUACACAUCAGAGAAGUCACACAGGAGAGAAACCAUUUUCAUGUUCAGAAUGUGGGAAAUGCUUUGCCAGAAAAUUCAAUCUUUAUCAACAUAAGAGAAUUCACACAGGUGAGAAGCCAUAUUCAUGUACAGAAUGUGGGAAAUGCUUUAACCAGACAUCACACCUUGAUCAACAUACAAAAAUUCACACAGGAGAGAAGCCAUAUUCAUGUUCUGAAUGUGGAAAAUGUUUCAUAGGAAAAAUAGAUCUUACUAAACAUCUCAGAAUUCACACAGGCGAGAAGCCGUAUUCAUGUUCAGAAUGUGGAAAGUGUUACAUAGAAAAAAAAAGUCUUGCUAAACAUCUCAGAAUUCACACAGAAGAGAAGCCAUAUUUAUGUUCAGAGUGUGGUAAAUAUUUUACAGAAAAAUCAUAUCUGUUUGCACAUAAGAGAAUACACACAGGAGAGAAGCCAUAUUCAUGUUCAGAGUGUGGUAAAUGUUUUACAGUUAGAUCAAAUCUGCUUGUACAUCAGAGAAUUCACAUAGGAGAGAAGCCACAUUCAUGUUCAGAAUGUGGGAAAUGCUUUACCCAGAAAUCAAGCCUUGAUCAACAUAAAAUAAUUCACACAGGAGAGAAGCCAUAUUCAUGUUCGGAAUGUGGGAAAUGCUUUACCAAGAAAUUAAGUCUUGAUCGACAUAAGAGACUCCACACAGAAGAGAAGACAUGAUGUUUUGUGUAAGAGUAAUGUUUUUAGUUUUUUUUAACAAAUAUCUUUAUUUGUUUUUCACAAAGACAAUAUAUGUGACACUUGCAAUGUUACAGAAUAGAGUAAAGUUACAUGUUCAAAUUCACAUAGUUUCAAAUGUGACACCGUGUAUAAAGAAAGACGUGCAUAACAAGCGCUUAACAAUAAAAGUAUUUUGGUAAUAUAGAGAAAUGAGUGACAAUUAUUAUAUCACUUGGACCAGUACGGGUCUUAAACCACUCAGAUAUCGCAGUUGUUAUUAUACUUAGACUAAAGAUCUUUGUCGAAGUAUGACAGUAUUAGUAAAAACAAAAAUAACUUCUGG